AUGGGCGACUAUGCGACCUUUGCCGCCUUCGUCACACACGACGAUAUCGCCCGCGUCUCAUCGCAAACCGCCGCGCCACGCUCGAAUUCACUGGCAGGCGAGAGCGCGGCGAUGCGCGCGUUCCAGGAGACGCGCGAGCACGGGUACGACUACGUCUGUGUGCCGCUGACGCGGCCGGCGUGGCACGAGCGGUGGAAGCGGAUGUGUGUGGAGAAUGCGGGCGAUGUGGAUGGGGGCGGGGAGGGCGAUCGGGGUGGUUUCAAGGAGGAGGAGUGGGAAGGCGAGGGGGAGAGGGAGGCGGAGGGGGAGAAGGAGAAGGCGAGGCGGGACCAGCAUGCUGCUGUUGAGGCGGAGGCGGAGAUGUGGAGGAAGCAGCCACAUUUUUUGCACGACGAGGUGACGAUGACGCGGCUGGAUGAGGCCGAAGGUGUGAUCGGUGUGGUGUCGGACUGGCUCACGCUUGAUUCGUCGGACGAUUGGGUGCGGCACGAUUCCGAGAUCGCUCUACACCAGGAGAUCGCGUACGCGUCCUACCUGAACAUCCAGACCGUCGUGCUGCCCCCUCCGCGCAACCGCGAGCACGUCGCGUCCUACGCGCGCGCCGUGAACGAGUGCCUCAAGCGCGUGUCCUACAUGAAGUUCUCCGUCCAGCUCCCCAUCUACGAUCCCGCCGCGUUCCAGCAAAAGGAGACACCUCGUCUGCGGUCGGGGAGCACCGUGACGCUCGCCUCGACGCUGUCCGAGACACCGCCGUCGACGCCGCGGCUGCUCAUCCCCGGAAACGAUUUCCCGCUCAGGCCCAAAAAGACGAGGGCGUCGGAGAGAGAGCUGAACGCGACGUGGGAGAUGUGGGACGUGAUUCGCUCGGUGUGCGAUUACAGCCCUCGUCUGACGCUCACACUCGACCUUGCGCCUCCGUUACCGCUCAACCCGACCCUGCUGGGCAGGUGGUCGGCAGAGCCCGUGCAGAACGUUCUUCUUCCUACUUCGACUUUUAUCGCGAACGCGAAGGGAUACCCGGUGUUGCCGAAAGGCACGCAAACGUUUCUCAAGGAUAAUAUGAAACAUCGUCCAACUGUCCUUCUCUCCGGCACUAAACUUGGAUUGCACGGGAAGGGGGGUGAGGCAGCGUAUGCGCAGUACGUACGCCAUCUGGAGAAGACGAGUCCGAUCGCGCAGGCGUCCCGGAAAGCUGGGAGUGUGGAGAACUUUGCUCAGGGAUACCAGGAUUUCCUCCAAGCUCCGCUGCAGCCAUUGAUGGACAACCUGCAGAGUGCAACGUACGAAACCUUUGAACAAUGCCCUGUCAAGUACAUCAACUACGAAGAAGCUAUAUGCAGAGCGCUGCUGGACUGGCCCGAGUCUGAUCGCAUUGUGAUAUGUGUAGCAGGUGCGGGCCGCGGGCCACUCGUAGCGCGCAGUCUGAAGGCCAUCGAGCGCUCGCGGAGAACGGCGCACAUCAUCGCGGUCGAGAAGAACCCAAACGCAUACGUGACGCUGCAAGACCGACAGCGGAGAGAAUGGGGCGCCUCUGUGCAGCUCGUGUAUGGGGAUAUGCGCCAAAUAACGGUUCCGGAGCAGGCGGACAUUUUGGUCAGCGAGCUGCUGGGGUCCUUUGGCGAUAACGAGCUGAGCCCAGAGUGCCUGGACGGCGCCAUGCGAUUUCUGAAACCUGAUGGAAUAUCGAUACCCUCGUCGUAUACGGCGCAUCUGGCACCGUUGUCGUCGACGAAACUAUACAAUGAGGCAAGGCAGGGCGGCGAGCUCAAGUCGCUGGAGACACCCUAUGUAGUCAUGUUCCAGAACGUGAAUGUGCUCAGCGGGAAUGGCGGCGGACUCCGAGGGAAAUGCGGGCCGGCGAUACAGGAAUGCUGGACGUUUGAGCAUCCCCGGAAAGACGCGACGCUGGAUGAGCGAGGACUUCCUCCGACCAACAGCCAUAACAUUAGGGCGGCUAACUUGUCUUUUUAUAUCCCGCAUGCAGGGAUUCUUCAUGGCCUCGCUGGCUAUUUUGAGGCCGUGUUAUAUGGCAACAUUGGGCUGAGCAUACAUCCCCAGCGUAAAGAUCAAAUAUCUAAAGAUAUGCUCAGCUGGUUCCCCUUGUUCUUUCCAUUCAAAGAGCCGCUGUACCUUCCCAGCAACUCGGAGCUGCAGGUGUCGAUCUGGCGGCUGACGAACGAGCGGCAGGUGUGGUACGAGUGGUACGCGGAGUCGUUUCUGCCGGUGCUGAACGUCGCGCCGCGCGCGGGCGACCCUGUGCUGGAGACGGUGUCGGCGUCCGCGUCGACGGCGUCUUUCUUCGCUUCGCCGACGACGCAUGUGGCUGUGCCGAGUCCGCUUAUUGACGCGAUCGAUCCUGCGUCGCCGCCGUUUUUUGUGCGGGAGGAUGAGGAGGCGGCUAAGUAUGGGGCGGUGAAGGUUGGGCAGAGUGCGUUGCAUAAUGCCGGGGGGAGGAGUAGUUGGAUUGGGUUGUAGGGGCACUGUGCAGGGAUUUUGUGGUCUUGUGCAGUGAAGCAUAUGCGUUAGGGACAGGGACCGGACGGAGCGGAUUUAAAUUGGCGGUGGCGGGUAGAGAUUGGCAUCGCUGGAAAUAGGUUUCCUUUGGUGAUAAAAAUAGGUGGCUGAGCUGCUGGAGAGUCUAGGCAUUCCAUCGUGUGUGGUAGAGCUGUA